AUGACUAAACUAAGAGAUAAUUAUGAAAAAGCUCAACAAAAAUUAGAAACAGCUGAUGCCAAUUUAAAAAAGUUUCAAACACAAUCUGAUCGUUUAACAUUAGCAAAUUUUGAUGAACGUUUACGUGAAUUAGAAGAUAUUCGUUGUGAAUAUGAACAAUCUCGAACAUUAUCACGCGAUAUAUAUGCAACUGAAACAUAA